AUUAAAAAUAAUGAAGAAAUUUAUUGGAAUAUAAUGACAAGAUUUAAUGUCAAACUCAUCAAGUACGGUAAUCUAGUAAACUAUUGACCUUAUUCUUGUUCAAACGUUGACCUAACCUGUAGUCUGUAGUCGUCUGUCAGUGUCUGUAGCCUGAAUCGGACGUAGCUAAAAAUAACUAAAAUUAAAAAGAUAUAUAAUAAUAUUUAUAUUAUUUUAAGAUAGUCUAAAUAAAUCCGAAAGCUAAUGGCACUAAGGUAGGGUGACCAAACGAUCGUAACCGUUAUCAUGAAAAAACCUCUAGGAACGCCUACAUGUCCCCUUUCUAAAACCAAACAUUUUCAAAUCACUAAAAAUUCCUAAUUUAUAAUAUAACUUAUUUUGGCUAGCUGUGUAGCCAGUGGUGAUGUGGGCUCGCGUGAUGGCUGCACUGUUGACUGUUUCCCCUCCACCACUCUGCCAACGCUGUGACUGUGAUCCCUGCCCAUAAUUUAUGGUAAGAGUGAAAUAAUCUCUUGGCUCAUGAAAAUUCAAUGGACAGACAAAAGUAACAAGAUGAGAGUGGAGACCCUCUCUGCAAUCAUGCAGGUUCUCUACAAUUUCGAAAUGGACUGAUCUAGUUUUUACAACUUUAUAUUAGAUAAGGAGAUUUUAACAAUGGCUGGGACUACAGCACAAUAUCCUUAAUUUGAAUCCUAGACUAGAGAAAUUUAAUUUGUUGUAAAAUAUGUAUAAAUAAAUAAGUAUUCACUCCAAAAUUAUUUUUUCGUUUAUAAAAUGCCUCAGAGUUUAAAUUAAAUUACAAAUGUGAAGGUAAAUUUAAAGCUUUCUAGGCAAUCUACAGGGUGGGCCAAUAAACAAUAAAAGUGAGAACAUUUCGUAGCGUAAUAUUUACGUGAUGUUCUCACUUUUUUUGGCCCAUCCUGUAGGUCUCAAAAUUGUAAAAAUUAGCAUAUUUAAAUAAACAGUUUCCGACUGAUGCCCCUGACCCAUCUUUAGCUGGAGGGUAUCCCCCCAAACCCUCCUUAGGUGUGUCCCGCUUUUUCCAGUUCAUGAUUUGGUCACCCUACACUAAGGCUAAUAAUUAUUUAUUAUUAUUACUGAUAUUAUUAGUUUAAUAGCCUAUUACUUUUAUUAAUUAGGCCUUUACUAUUUAGUAUUAUUAGUAUAGUAUAAUAUUGUUGGUGUAGUUCAAUGCUGUCCAACCUUUUCGACUUCAGUUCCCAUGAAGCGUUAAAAGUGCACUUCUCUUUCUGUAACUUUCCUUUUUUUUGCUUGCCAUUUUGGUUUGAUCUUUUUAGAAAUAAAAAUGCUUUGAAGAAUCCUUAGUACUGUGUCUCAGAAUUUUUUCAGACUGAAUUGCAGUAGCUACAAACACAGCUUUUAUCCUGCUUUCUACUCCUGGAAUUGAUCUUACUCCGAUCACUGAUUAUCAGGUACUAGUUUGAUUUCGUCUUAAAAAUACAGGAUGAAUAUACUGCCUCCAACUGGACAGCCUGCCUAUUACGUUUUAACUGGUUCACAUUCCCCCCCUCCACCAGUCAUUUGCAACACCUUUAGUGCCCAGAUCUCACUUUUGUAUUAUCAAGCUAUAAAGCCUGAUGUUGCUCACAUAUCUAGUUCAUCUAAACCAGUCCCGUUGGUGUGCAUGGACAUUUUACGAUGACCAGCUAGCUACUCAUCAAGUUCAAGUUACCAUACUUUAAGUUGUUUCAAAAUUCUUCUCUCCGCUAGUAAAGCCGUUAGUAAUUAUACCUGUACACCACUACAACCCCACAAAACCACUUUUUUUUAUGGCUGGACGAUUAAGCAGAAAGAUGAAGAAGUUACUAUCCAAUUUCAUGUCACCCCGUGUUCCCACAUCGUUCAUCUGCUGCUGCACUUAACAUAAAUUACUGUUACAUGUCAAGCAUCUCUCUCCUUUUACCACAACCAUUUUUUUUUAAUGCCACCACUUCUGCUGUAGUCUUAUGAGAUUUACCAAAAGUAAUGACUCACUGAAAGUCAUUUGAAAUUUUUUUUUCCAUCUAAAUUUAAGAUGUUUAUUUUUUAAACAAAUGGUAAAUGGUAAAAAUGUUUCAAGCCCUGGUGGGCUACUUAAAACCAGUCUAUGGGCGGCGGGUUGGACAGCACUGGUGUAGUUUGUAGACUGAAGCCAGCGUAGUUGUAUGCAAUUUAUUUAUAUUUAUUUAUUUGAUUAUUGCUUUUAUUCUUUUAAUUUAAACUAAAAAGUUAUAAAUAUUGAGUUUCCUAAAGUCAGGAGGGAUAAUUUUUUUAAUAUUGUAAUGUUAGCUUUAUCAGGUUGGUGUUCAAGAGCUUAUCCUGCACCAGAGCCAGAUAGCAGAGAAAGGACAAAAAAAUCUGUGUUUACAUGGAUGUGGAUAAAAAAUUUUACCAGAUAUUUUAAUUUUAGGAAUAAUAAAUAUUGUGAAAAUAAAUAUUUCACUGUAAAUAUAUGAUAAGGCACGCCUCUAACAUGUUGAAUGAAACAAACUCCUCUGCCACCCACACACUACAUCUGCUAUGAUCAUUUCAUCAAUUUUUCACAAUUUUAUUCAUUUUACAGUUGAAAAAUAGUCUUACAAAGUCGAAAUGGCAUCAGCUUCAGAGAAAAAAGUUAUUAGUCAGCAAGAGCAGCAUACUUUUCAGAACGAUGAACUGCUAAGAUCUGUUGGAACUCAGCUAAAUGUAGACUUUUCAGACUAUGACCAGUGGCAAAGAAAAUAUAAAGUUAAUCAUACUCGUACUAAAAAACCACAAGGUAUUUUUUAAUGAAAAAUUACUUGUUCUCAAUUUAUUAUAUCAAAUUUUCUUGUCCUUUCCCUCUUUAGUCUUUAGUGGUUGAUGUAUUUACUCAUGGUUCCCUCCUCCCUAAUAUACCUUAACGGGCUGAAAAUUCCAUUCCAACAUAUAUUAUUUUCGUUUUAUGAAUAUUAGUCUUUCUCAAAUGUGGACCCUGAGACUUAUAUCCAUUGAUGACCCUAGUCUUAUUUGACCCUUGUCUGAGACAGAAAGGAUCAUUUCAACUAAGAUUUAAAUGAGAAGCCAUCAAUAAAUAGCCAAUGAAAGAACUAUUUUUAUCUUAGUGUCAUAUUAAAAGAAGGAAGUGGCUAUUUGGACCCGGCUACCAGAAGUGAGAGGUUCGGAUUAAAAAAUGUUUAAAAUAUUAUUGUUGGGUUUGUAAGAUAAACUUUGGUAUCGAAUGAAAGAUAAUUGAAUGAACUAUAUGUUUGUAAACUUAAUUCUUUAGUUUAACUAAAAUAAACUGUCACAAAUGACAUCCGAAUAGCAUAUAGUCAAAAUGGAACCGGAAACUCAUUGCCGCAAUUCGGACCCGGGUCCCACUAGACUAAAUGCCAUUCGGAUGCCAUUUGUGGUAUUUUAUUUUAGUUAAACUGAAGAAUUAAGUUUACAAACAUGUAGCCUAUUCAAUUAUCUUUUAUUCAAUACCAAAUUUUGUCGUACAAACCCUACAAUAAUAUUUUAAAGUUUUUUUAAUAAACCCAACCUCUCACUUCUGAUACCGGGUCCGAAUAGCCGCAUCCUUAAAAGAAUGGCUGUUUAUUAAGAAUUUUUUCCUUGUCCUUGUUCAGACAGUCAGAUUACAUUCAAAGUUGGAAAAAUAAAUAAAAAAGCAGAAAAUGUACCUCAGAUCAAUUUUCUAAGAGGAAGAAGAGCUCAGGCAAGUCUUGAAGAACAGCAAAGAUUACAGAAAGAAAAAUGUGAUAUUCUCGAGGUAAUCUAGUAAAUGUCUUAAGUUCCUCAUUCAACCCCCACAUCCCUCAAUAUAUUUUAGACUCUUGUAAGUGUAUGUACUGGUAUAUUCUUAAUUGGAAGUUGUUGUUUUUUUAAUUCUAAGCCUGACUCAAAGUUUUUAAAAGCUUCUUUUUCAUUUUCAAGAUUAAGAUAAGACAUGCAAGACAGACUUCAGAGAUGUACAUAAAAAGAGAAAAAGAACUGUAUCCUUUUGUUUUACCCAUAAUUUCUAUUUGAUGUCACUGUACAUACAUGGUGAAUGUGAAUGGCUUAUGUCUAUGUAAACAUCAAAUAAACAUUGGUUUUUAGAUCUGACAGCAACAUUUACAUUUUAUGUAAAAGUAAAAGUGAAUACCAUGAAGUUAACUAAUCAUCAGUUGCAUGAUUGUGCUCUAUUAAGUUGUAUCUGGCUAUUAUACCUUUUGAAUUAUAUUGCAGUCUUGAAGCAUAAGAUUUGCCAUGUUUCUGUGCCAGGUACUGAAGAGAAUAUUUCACUGGCUACUCAACUUGGAGUUGGAAGUCCUGAGGCAAUGGAGGCAAGUGUGUCAAGUGUUGUGGCCUCAACUUUUGGAACCUUGUUCCAGUUGCUGAUUGUCCAGGAAGUAAUAGUUACCUUAUACUGAAUUAUACAGUGCUUAAUUUUCGUUUUAUUUGAUUUCUAAAGCAUCUUUGAACAUCCCCCAACAUUUGGAUUGGUUAGAUGUGUGAUAAAUUUAUGUAUGGUCAGUUAUCCUUUUAUGAAAUUCGGUUAGACCGAGCAGUGUGUGCUCUGUAAAUAUGCAAUUUUUCAAUUGGGUAUCAUCCCUGAGAUGGUGUCACCUGGUACGGUUCGCACAACCCUAGCUACGCCGAUGCUGUAAGGUCAUUGUCCUUGCCUAGUUAAAAAGAAAAAUUAAUGAAAAUUUUGUAAAGAUAUAUUUGCUAUAGUGUUGGUGCCUGUAACAUUAAUGGGCCUUUGCCUGUUAAACUUUUUUUUUUUUUUUUUUUUUUUUUGUUUUGUUUAAAUGAAAAUUUUGUAAAGAUAUAUUUGCUAUAGUGUUGGUGCCUGUAACAUUAAUGGGCCUUUGCCUGUUAAACUUCUUUUUUUUUUUUUUUUUUGGUUCAGUUAAAUUUACGAGCUAUCCCUAAUGGUAAAGAUUUUAAAUUUAUUGACUUUAACCCCAAACAAAUUUAAGUGUUGAGAUGAAUCUUCAAAUAGCAAGUGAAAUAGAGAGUAAAGAAGCAGAAACUCAUGCAGAAGUGAAACGACUUUUAAGAAAAUAUGAAAAGUUUCGGGUAAGUUUUGUUUCCGAUUCAUAUUUGUCGACUAUAAAUCUUAAAAGUUAAAAUAUAUUUUUAUGCUUCAAUUAUAACCUUGAGUAAAGGUCUUGUCAGUCUGUUACUCAUAGAUGAGUCAAAAAAAAGGUAAUGAAAAGGACAUCCCAUAAAUUCCUUUUUUUUUUUUUGUUUGACAAUAUCUUUAAAUUUGUCUAUUUUAGGAUAGCAAAGUUAAUAAAAUUACAAAUACUCAUGUUUUCUAAAAUAAACAUUUCAAAUUAUUGAAAUUAAGGGAGGCAUUGCUACUCUGAAUACAAACUUUGCAAAAGAGCUUUCAGAAGUCAAGUUGGAGCUGGAAACUUCUAGAGCAUAUAUACAUUUAAAAUUAAAAGGUCAGUAUUACAAAAAGUUUUCUGCAUCUUGCAUGAAAGGGUGCUUUUUGUAGAUAAAUUAAAUAAAUUAAUAUAUUUUUACAUUUAUCUGAUUAUGACAUACACAACUGCAUUCAUUUUUUGUAGUCUUGUGGUGACAAUAAUAUUAUUAUUAUUAUUGGUGUUUUUAUAUAGUGCUGUACCCCAGCCUAAGGCUGGGCUCACCACACUGUACAUACAAUUUAACAAACAUAAUCAAGAACUUAAAAAUUAACAUACAUUAAUUAAAUAAAACAAAGCAAUUGUGUAUUCACUCCACACAUUCAAGAACUAUUUACAUGUCGUUCACCAUAUGUUUUUGUGCGAGUCUUGGGGACAGAAAGAAUAUGCGUGUCUGCGGAGGAGCGGAGCUGUCGAAGGGGUGAAUAGACAGAGAGAAGUUCGGUUAGUUAAGAAGGGCAGGAAUUUGAGAAAAAGUUUUGGAAGAGAACAGAGAGUUUGUAAUUAAUCCAUGCUUGUACAGGGAGCCAAUGAAGUGAAGGAAGUAGUGAUGUGACGUGAUCACGUUUUUUUUGCCUUUAGAAUUAGCCUUGCAGCUGAGUUUUGAACCUUUUUGUAGUUUUUCUAUGUAGUGUCUUGGUGAAUUUGACAGAGGAGAGUUACAAUAGUCAAAACGAGAGAGAACAAGAGCACAGACUAGGGUUUUUGUUGUGCUAACUGUGAGGUAGUGGCAGAUGGAGCUGAUCUGACGGAUAGCGGUGUAUGAAGAGCGACAAUUAUCACUCUUUUUCUUACAAAUGUUGCUUUAUACACUGUGGUGGAUGGUACAUUAAAAUUUACAUUGAAAAUGAGAUUAAUAGGACAUAAAAAAAAUUUAAAUGUUCACUGCUAACAGUAAAAAAAUUGGUUCCAAACCUAGUGAUCAUGCUUCAUACUUCAUGUUAAACUAUGUAGAUAAGCCGGAUCCUACUGCAUUUAAUGCUACUUGAAUUAUCUCAUUUGAAAAUUACCCAUAUAUAGAUAAAUGUUUUAUGCUUCACUUACAGCAUUGGAACAAAAUGUUGCUGAAAUGGACAAGAGAUUGAUCUUAAAGCAAGAAAAACUCAAUGUUCUACGAAGCUAUAAAGUAAAUUCAUUUUUAAAUAUAAUUAAUGAUAUAAUUAAUGAUAGCUAAAAUCACUUUGCUUGUACACAAGUGAUUUGAAUUGCCUCUAAUACUAAAUAUGGCUCAGAACUAUAUCAACUGUAUAAAGAUCAUACCACAGUAGUGACAAUAAAAUGUUGUUGCGGUGGAUGUGUUUAGAUGAUGCAUUACUACAAAAGAGUGAAGGCGGUUGACCUAGACUGCAAUAAACUGACAAAGCAAAAAAUCAAAAGCUGGGGAUUUGGAUUGUGUAGAGGAGAAGAACUAUGGAGGAUUCAAGUUUAGGGAUCAAGGGGUGUAGCAAUGGGAUGUAAAACCACAGUUAAAUAAAUCUGUCAAAUUUACAACUGGUGAAUCAAGACUUAUUAAAUAUGAUGAUUUUGGGGUUAGGGGGACAAUUUAAAUUAUAAUUAUUAAUCCUAAUAUACUAGUAUUUCCUCCUAAUCUUUAAAUGUUUUAACUCCAAAUUUUCAAGAAGAUUCUCUCAGAUACAAUAACGGUGCUAAAUACAAAAUUAGAUCCAUGACAAUAUUAUAUAAAUCACUAACAUUAAAGAAGUAGCACUAUCUACUAGCAAUAUUUUUUUGUGCAGACAUUUUAUAAAGUAAGAUAGAAUAUUGCAUUUGGAUCCACCUCUGUAACUGGUGUUGUUUUAAUACUUUUUCCUCUGGUAACUGGGCUCAGUAGUUGACUGUGUCAUGUUUUUUUUUCCUCUUUGGUAGUUUAUUGUACUUUAGUUGUAUUUUAUCUUUCUCAUAUUAUCUAAAAGGAGUCUCAGAAUUUAAAGGUAAGAUGCUUUUUGAAGCAUGUGCUUAAAUGAAGUUGGUGGUUAUUUCUUAUUUAUUUAGGAUAAAGAAUACCCUGUUAAAGCUAUGGUCAUAGCUAAUUUACAAGCAGAAUUGGAUAAGCUAAAACAUUCAAACCAAGUAAGUACUUUCUACAAAAAAAUAAGCAUUUACAACUUAGUCUUUCUUAAAAAACAAAAUUAUGUUCAUUUCAUGGACAAAAAAACUUUAUAUCAAAUCAAUGACUCCCAUUUCUACCAAUUCUUAGCCAACAAUAUUUAAUGUUUAAAUCUAGUUUAAUAAAUCCACUAAAUAAUACUUCAUACUUUAACAUACUAAAGGGCUAAUUUGGAAUUUAAUUAGAACAUUGAAGAUACAGUUUUAUUAUUCAUUAAAUUUAAAAUAAAUUCAUCCAGCAUCAACAUGGAUCUUAUCCCUUCAAUUUCUUGUGACAAUAAAAAUAAUAUUUUUAUAAUAAUUUUCACUGCAGUAUCUUUCUUUUCCAGGAAGAGCUGGAAGAGCUAGAGCACAUUAUCAACACUGAAUUGGGCAAAUAUGAGAAAGAAAGAAUUCGUUUGUCAAAUGACAUCACAUGUAGAGUGACUGAGGUACCCUGCCAAUUUCAUUUAUCCCUAAUUUUUGUUUAAUUUAUCAAAGGAAAAUAAUUUUAGAAAAAAUUAUAUGGGACCAAAUCUUUUAUAUCUUUGCAGGAAUCUUUGGGUAUGAUGCAUCCAAGCCUCAAAGACACAGCCUUGCAAAAUUUGGUUAUGAAGAAGGUUUUCCUGCAUAUUCUAUUUGUUUAAUUUCUCUAUUUCAAUUGUAACUUAAAUACUGAUUUCAUCCACUUGUAAAAAAGUUAAGUUUUAUACAAUUACUUUUAAUACUUAAAAUUUUGUUACUACUGUAUACAUUGAUAUUUCCUCCAGGAGAUAGAGUUUCAUCAAAAACAACAUGAGGAUCUUGGUUUCACUAACCAACAACUGGAGAAUGAAGUAUCAGCAUUGUUAAAGAAUCCGAAAUCAAAUGUUCGGCUUCAGUUGUUCCCUGAAUUCUUUCCCAUCCGAGAAAAGUGAGUUUAUGAAAUCACUUUUCAGCAAAAUUAAAUUGAAGCAACUCCAUUAAAUAUAGGUUUAAAUUGUGGAUGUCAUCAGUAUGAAUGCAAACAUAAAUCUUCUUGAUAGAUAGUAUAUAAGAAUCUCUGACAAAAUUAUUCACUUCAAUAAUUCUUGGGUUAGCUUCAUCUGACUAUAUACUGUUGUUUAGGGUACUCAGGCAUGGAAGAAUGCUUUUUCUUUUUAAACUUCAAAAUAUCUUCUUCUUUAUUACAAGUAUUUUCCCCCAUAAGACAGAAAAAUAUGCCCACUGCAUUCAGUAGUAAAGGAUAAAUCAUGUUCUAGAGCAGUGGUUCUCGACCUUUCUAAUGCUGCGACCUUUUAAUACAUUCACUCACACUGUGGCGACCCCCCAACCACAAAAUUAUUUUCGUUGAUACUUUAUAACUGAGAAGUGUGAGUGUUUUCAGAUGGUCUUAGGCGACCCCUGUGAAAGGGUCGUGCGACCCCCAAAGGGGUCCCGACCCACAGGUUGAGAACCGCUGUUCUAGAGGCUGUUGCACCCCCCACACCCCCCUUCAUACUUUCUGGAAACUAAACACAUUAGCUUCACUAAGGGCAACUUUGACAUCAAAGAGGACUUCACAUGGAUUAAUUGAAAUGUGAUCUAUGUAAUUUUUUGUCAAAGAUGUCACUUCUGUUAUAUUAAGUGUGAUAGUUUCAGUGAACAUCUUCAGAUUAUUUGAACUAAACAAGCCAUCCCCAAUCUAAUCCCACUUUAACGGAGGCAAACACAAAGGCACAUCAGAUGCAUCCAUUACGGUGAUGCUGGCCAACCUUUUUUUAAAUAUUUUUUUUUACUUUUUAGAAGAUAAUUCAUAUUAAACUUUUUCUUACCGGUACCUUAUGCAUAAAGAGUCAUAUAUCCAUAUCAUUAUCAGCUCAUGAAGAAUAAAGCUAAUAAAAACUGCAGCCCCUUUUAAUGAUAUAUUUUGCUUUGAAUUGUAUUUGUAAUUUUUUUAAUUUGAGGUAGUCAUAAAUAGCACCUACCAUAAAUGUUCACCAGUCAACGGGUGGUAAAUUUUUUGGACUUGAAGAAAAAUAUGUCAUCCAGAAUUAAUUUACCCAAGCAUUCUUAUGUUUGUAUUUAAAAAAUGUACUUUCUCACUGUCUCUCACAAUUCCUCCCUGACUGAAUAGCCGUAACUAAAAACAAACACAGUUUUUAUCGUGCUUUCUACUCAUUGAACAUCUCAUACUCCAAUCUCUGAAUACGAGGCACAUGUCUCAACAUAACAAUAAUUCAGGUUUGACACACUCCCCUACCUGGCUAGACCAUCUGAUUAAAAAACAUGGUACCAUUAAUGGUUCACACUGCCCACCGUUGUCAUUCACUUGUGACACCUUUAGUACAGCAGCUCCCAUCUCGAUUACUCUGACCCAAAUACUUUCCUGUAUUUAUUAUUAUCAUCCCACAAAGCUCAGUACUUACGUCCCGGUGCUCACCUAUCUUUUUCAUUUAACUUGGUCCCAUUAGUGAGGGCAUGGAUAUUUUUACAAUACACCAAGUUAAGUUUACUUUCCCUAUUAAUCCCUAUUAUACCUGACACCCUGUGAUGUCCCUCUGCACAAGCAACAGAAAGAACAAGAAGAUAGUAUCCGAUUUUAUGUCACCAAGGUUCCCAAAUGGUUGCUCUGCUGAUGUGCUUAAUAUAAAUUACUGCUAACCGUCAAGCCAUACCACUCCUUAGCUUUUGUGCCCUCAACCUUUUUCAUGUUACAACUUCUGUACUCUCACAUGAUUUGCCAAAAAUAUUAAAUCAAUGAAUAUCCUUUGAAAAUAUGUUGACCCUAAAAUGUUUUAUCUUUUACACACAUAAAAGCUCAAGCUGUGGUGGGCUAUUGAAAAUCAGCUCCCAGGCAGCGGGUUGAACAGCACUGCAUUAUGGCUCUUAUUUCUUCUUCUUUAUUUUGAGGGCCCACGAUCAAUGAAUUGAUCAUUCUGGCUCCUAUGUUUCAGAGGGGUUUGCGAUGUUACUGUGCAUGGGUUUCAAGGGGAUACUUCACUGGUUGCAAGGGCGACUCAGCAGUGGUGUUACGAACUGGGAGUUGCAAUACAGGAGGCAGUAGACACAAAUGUGUCGAGUGUAGGCGCCUCAACUGUUGCUUUUGGAAGCUUGUUCCAGUCCCCUAUUGUCUUCGGCAGGAAUGAGGAGCUCCUGUACUUUGUUCUUGUUUUUACCAGCCGGAAUUGUCUGUUGUGGCCUCGUCGCUGUCUAGGGGGAAGAUGAACGAGUUUCUGUUUGAUUCCGGAGCAGUGGACCAGCCCAUUUUUUAUCUUGUAAAACAUGGAGACCCUGGAUAGUCGUCGUCGUUCUUCCAAUGUUGACCAGCCCAGUGUUUUUAGCAUGCUGCCAACACUUGAGGUGUUUCUGUAGCGGUUCAUGACAAAGCGUGCUGCCUGUCACUGGACCGCCUCCAACCUGUCGAUGCUUUUCUGGGUAAAUGGGUCCCAGACGUAGAAGCGUACUCUAAAAUAGGCCUGACAAAGGCUUUAUAGGCUUUUUCUUUCACGCUUGAGUUGCCAAUCUUCAGAUUGCACCUUAGGAACCCCAGGGUCUUGUUUGCCCGGUUGCACACACUGUUAAUGUGCUGGUCCCAGCUGACCUCUCUUUGAAUGGUACCAAUGGUAUUUACUGCACCAAUACACCAUGGAGAAUGAAAACAAAUUAAUUGUGAUUUUCUGCACAAAUCACCAUUGUUGUUCGUCCGUCAAAAUCAACUAGGACCAUCGAGUCAUCCGGUUAGGAGGGAGAGUGGGUUUUGGUGAGCUCGUAGGUGGCUUGCUAGUCUGAUCCGUGCUCGGAAUAAUCUCUGGCACCAUGGGGGGGGUGGUAAUUGCUGCAGUUAGUGAUCUAAUGUUUCUCUUUCGGGCCAGUCUGCGUGUCUCAGCUGUGGUUAUCCUACUGGCUUCAUGAGAUUUAGCCCCCUUCUUGACAGCUGCUCUCCACCUGGCUCUGUCUUGGGCUGUCUGCACCCAUUGAGUAAGGUUGAUGCUGAAGGCCUUUAGUGCCACUUUCAGUGAGUCUUUUUAACGCUUUUUUUUUACCUUCUUGGAGCGCUUGCCAAUCAUGAGUCCUCUGAAGAAUAUCUGUUGUGGGAGCCGGUGGUCUUCCAUACUGGCUACGUGUCCCAUCCAACAGAGUUGAGAUUGCAUCAGGGUGGUGAAGAAACUAGGUAGGUUUGCUCUAGCAAGGACCUCCUUGUUAGGAACUUUGUCUUGCCACCUGAUGCUGAGGAGUUUCCUGAGGCAGGUUGUGAGAAAAUGUUUUAGUUUCUUGGAGUUACGCUGGACGACUGCCCACGUUUCAUAUCUGUAGAGCAAUGUCGAGAGGAAUGCUGCGCUAUAGGCUGGGACCUGCCAAAUAUGGAACUAGCUUUUGCAAGUCUGGCAUUCAUUUCAUCAUCCAUGAUGACAGAUCUGGAGAGAGUGCUGCCUAAGUAAGUAAAUUUAUCCAUCGCGAUGAGAUGCUGUCUGCUGAUGAUGAUGUUGGGUUCAACAUAGGGCUUACUGGGAAUUGGCUGAUACAUCACCUGAGUCUUCUUUGUGUUGAUUGUGAGGCCAAAGUUAUUGCUGGCCUCCAAGAAGACAUCAAGGCUGUGUUGCAUGACGGCUUCUGAGGCAGCAUUUAGGGCAAAAUCGUCUGCAAACAGAAGCUCGUUGAUGGUGUUAUGUUUUGACCUUGGUUUUAGCUUGAAGUCUCCUAAGGUUAAAGACUGACAAAUCACCAUAUAGAAUCAAUCAAAAUCCCACUUACUAGUGAUCCUGUGUUUCCCUCCAUCUCUGUUCACAAUUUUUGGUGUUUUAAAUUUUACAUCAAUAAUACUUAAAUUCUUUUACCGUAAUUAGUAAUAGCAAGGAUCACAUAAUAAUAUGGGUUGCACGUUUUGGUCUCAAGUAAUUCAACUUCAGUUUCUGACACUAACAUAGAGCACUUCCUGUUCUCAACAUUGACUUUUCUGAGACCUUCAAAACCUUACUUUUUUUUUUAUUUCAAUUGAUCUGUUGUUUAUUAUUGUAUUGUCAGCUGAAAAAGGCAUCUAGCCAAAACAUUCUACUUGACUGUCUGUUAUUUUCAAGCCCAAACUCAUUUACUUGCAUUGUAUUUGUAUUAGAUCUAUUUGAAUUCAGUAAAGAAGUUUUUCAUCUUGAAACAUAAUUGAUUUUUUAACUGCCGAAGUCUAUUAAAAUUAAAAAAGAUAUCAACAACCCUUCUCAUGCAUUUCUUUUCCAAUGUGUUGAACCCUUUCAACUUCUAUUUCCCCAGAUGCACACCAGACAUGGAUAUAAUUUUGGAUAUUCCCACACAAGAGUGGUUGCCUAUAUAGUGUAACAUCUUUGCACUAAAGAGAACACUUUGAAGAAUGGCUGGGUUCACCAAGUCUGACAGGAAUACUGACAUACUAUUACCCUGGCUAAAAUAAACACCAUUUUGACAUACUUCAUCACAAUGUUCAUUUGAAACUGUAGUGGAAAGACAUCUUUAAACCAUAUCAUUUAUGGGUGGAUUGACAGACUUAAAAAUGAUGACAUCAUCAACAACCAUUCACAAGGUGAAGCUGGACAAACCCACAACAUUAAUAUCAAUAUGUUUCAUGCCUUGUGGGUGAUGUUGGCUGCAGGAUUUUAAUGAACUUAUGACACUACGCUAAAAACCUGACUUUAAUUUAAAGUGAAUUAUGCUCGACAUCUGGUUUACAAGCGGUGGGCCAUAACCCCCAUCAACUUGUUCAUAGAGUAAGUAUGUGACAAUUUCAAUGGUAUAAUCGACUUAAAACUAAUCUGGUUUUAAAAAGAAAUUACAAAUAAUAAAUAAUUGCAAUUUCAGUGUUUUCUUGAAAAAAAAUCCUUCUUUUACAAAUUUUAUUUAACAACAUAUUUUAUCAAUAAAGAUUACAAUUUGCUUAAAGAUCUUACUUUUUGUUUAGUUCCUGCAGAUUAAUUUCUGUAACACACAUACAAGGAUUGACAAACAAAAUAAAAUAAUAAAACUAGUUUAAACUAGACAAAUUUAGGCCAGGAUGCUAUGUAAUUUGUAUAAAUAAUGUUCCAUUUAUUUAAUCUUCACAACUCAUAUACACAAACAUAUCAGUCUAGCCAAAGAUUUAAAUGCAGUAAACAGUCAUGAUGUAACCUACAUAAAAUAAAAGUUAUGAAACACAUUAGUCUAACAAUUUAUUAUCAAAGGGUAUGUUGGCAAAGAUUACUAUUGUACAAAAGUUUUACUUUAUUCUAUUUUACCAUUCCUAGUAGUCUUAUGUUUGUGUAAAAUUGUACCUUGAACGAAGUAAGUAGCUAAUGUACCUCCAUAAGUUUAUUAAUCCAAUUUAUUCAAAUUGAAAAGUUAAAUAAAAUGAUAAACAUACAGCAGCAGACUAGACUAAGAUGUGUAUUUAAAAAAUGGGCAUGUCACACAAUCAAUUGCUCUUAAAGGGGCAAGGCAAUAUAAUGAUGCAAUCGGCCAAGGCUUUUGUUAGGGCAUAUACUGAAAAGCUGGUAAGGAUAGACUAGAAUUUUAAACCAGAAAUUAUCUGAAAAUUGUUUUAAAAUGUCAUAAGCAAGCAUUUAGUUUGAUACAACAUGAUAAAUCAAUGGUCUACCCAAUAUUAAGUAAAAUCUACUAAUUUUGAUUACAUAUGCUCCAAGAGUCAAAAUGGUUAGAUAUAGAAAUGAUCACUGCAUUUUAGUACACUCUAAAAUAAAAAA